AUGUUCGACCAACUGUCAUCACUUAGUGCUGCGAAGACCUCCUGGAGGAUCAAGGUGAGGGUAACCCGGAUGUGGCCUUCAAUUUCUAAUGGUUCCAAAGGACAAAGCGCAGGAUUGAAAGGCUACAACAUGAUUCUCCUUGAUGACGACAACUGUCAUAUUCAUGCGUUUUCCUAUGCAAAGACUUGGAAAGCAAUCGAGGAAAAGAUCGAGGAAGGUUGCCUUUAUGUAAUAUCGAACUUCUAUACAAAAGAGGCGUUGGGAUCACUGAAGCCUGUUUCAUCCAAGUACAUCAUCAACUUUUCCCCGUCGACAACUGUUGAUAAGCUCGAGGAAGAUUAUUUCAUGAUUCCCAUUCACAAGUUUGAGUUCAUUGAUCUUGGCGAUCUUUUUGGCCUUGUAAGCAGCUAUACCAAUACGGAGUUUCCAGACUAUUCUACAGUCAUAGGUGUUAUUGAAGAAUAUGAAAGAGACAUUGAGAUACAAACAAUGUAUGGAGAUAGGCACAUUGUGAGAUUCCGUCUUACUGAUGGAAGGAACUCUCACAUGAGCGAAUUUUCAUAUGCAAAAUGGGUACAAAUUGCUACUAUACCCUCAUCAAAGAUAUAUCUUAAUUUGGACUUUGAUGUUGUUCAUUCAAUGAGGCAGAGGCUUGAUGAGGAGGGCUACAUACAUACAGAGAAAGUUCAAGAUUCUCAUGCUGGCGAGUCUUCCGCAGCAACAUAUGUUGUAGCUGAUCUCAUUGAGACUAGGUAUUAUCUGAGUAAUGUGAAAGUCAGUAGUGUGGAUGAAUCUGAAAAAUGGUGGUACACGAGCUAUAUCAAUUGUAGCGAGGAGGUUACUAAACUGGAAGGCACUUUCAGAUGCCCUGAAUUCAAGAAAAAUACUCCUGUGGCUGCUAAGAGGUACAAGAUAAUGAUCGUGGCAGGAGAUGGUCCUGAAUCUUUUAAUUUUGUUCAGUAG